GACUCCAGGGAUGAACCAGAGCCUUAGAAUCUCCACUGGGCGCAUUUCUGGACCAGGAGAAAGGGCGCUUUUAGCAUCUGCUCUGGCGGCAGCCCCUGGAAGCCUCCUGAACGUGGGAGUGGCAACUUGGGCUCUUCUGGCGCCUUGUUGGAGCUGGAGCCCUGCCUCUCCUUCCCCUGACGUCACACUUCUCUAUUCCUGCCUCCACUUGGGACUCCGCCUGCUUGUUUUGACGCAGCAACUUUUCCUCAGUGGAACAUCUGUAGCUGUAUCACUAAGGCCUUUAUUCCUAACCCAGAAAAUUAGAUGCAUUGAAACAACGGUGAACAGCUAGGGAAGUGCGAUGCCCACACACAGCAGAUUGAGCAAAUGGGUUAUGAAACAUCGUGUGACGCUUCCUUGCAUAGCCCUGGCCAUCCCCAGCAUGGCAGUUGAGCUCUGAGGGACACACUUAGGGGAAGACGCGGUCGCUGUUGCUCUUGUGCCGCCGACUGUUGAUGUUCCCCAGAGCUGAGCACGUGGUCUGGGCCAGGAGUAGUUGGGUAUCCCAGCUCCAGAGCCGAGAGCCCUGCUGCUUCCAUCUGCCGCCUGAAAGGGCUGGCUUCUCUCUGGAUGCCACCCUAGGAUCCUGGGCGCUGCAGUUGACAGAGCAGCAUUCACAGUCCACCAUGCUGAUGGGGAUUGCAGUUGGAGCCCUCCUGGCCCUGGCUCUGGCCCUGCUUGGCAUCACUGUCUUUUUUGUGCACAGAAAGGUUAACCGAUCCCGACAAGUGCAGCCCGCUCCUCAGUACAGGUUCCGGAAGAGAGACAAAGUGAUGUUUUAUGGCCGCAAAAUCAUGAGGAAGGUGACCACGCUGCCCCACACGCUAGUUGGGAACACAGCUGCGUCCCGGCAGCGCAUGCGGAAGAGGACCAAGGUGCUCUCCUUGGCCAAGAGGAUUCUGCGCUUCAAGAAGGAGUACCCCACCCUGCAGCCAAAGGAGCCCCCACCCUCCGUGUUGGAGGCCGACCUCACAGAGUUUGAUGUGAAGAACUCCCACUUGCUGUCAGAAGUUCUGUACAUGCUGAAAAACGUUCGGGUCCUGGGUCACUUUGAGAAGCCGCUGUUCCUGGAACUUUGCAAACACAUGGUCUUCGUGCAGCUGCUCGAAGGGGAGCAUGUCUUCCGGCCGGGGGAGCCUGACACCAGCAUCUACGUGGUGCAGGAUGGGCAGCUGGACGUCUGCAUCCAGGAUGCGGACGGCACCGAGGUGGCAGUCAAAGAGGUGCUAGCCGGGGACAGCGUCCACAGCCUCCUCAGCAUCCUGGACGUCAUCACCGGCCAUGCUGCAGCCUACAAGACGGUGUCUGCCCGUGCUGCCGUCCCGUCCACUGUCCUCCGGCUUCCAGCUGUGGCUUUCCAAGGGGUCUUUGAGAAAUACCCAGAAACCCUGGUGAGAGUGGUGCAGAUCAUCAUGGUGCGGCUGCAGAGGGUCACCUUUAUGGCACUGCACAACUACCUGGGCCUGACCAUGGAGCUCUUCAACCCUGAGAGCCAGGCCAUCCCGCUCGUGUCCGUAGCCAGCGUGGCUGCUGGAAAGGCCAAGCGACAGGCAAGCUGCAGCCUCGAGGAGCGGCUGGAGAGCCCUGCACGGCCCCGGGAGCCCUGCGGCCCAGCAGACCAUGGGGACGGCUCCGCUGCAGCCUCCGGGCCUCUGCUGAAGAGAAGCCACUCCUUUCCGCUGCCAUCUGUCCGCAAGAUCUCAGAUGAGCCCGGCAAGGCCCAGGCAGGUGGCCAGGCCCCUCCCACUCCACCAGGCAGCACAGCAGGUGCCACCUCAGAGCUGAGGAUGGCGUGUGACCAAGCCAGGGCCCUCCUACAUGCAGAUGAGCAUCCCGGGAGCAGCGUGGCCAGCAAGUCCAAGAGGAGCGUGACCGUUGCCAAGACCCCUUCUGCCAUCUUCCACUACUUGGGGAGCAGCUCAGAUGACACAGAUGCCAUCUUCAGAGCCGCCAAGCAGGACCUGCUCACACUGAUGAAGCUGGACGACCCUUCGCUGUUGGAUGGCCGGGUGACACUUUUCCACGUCGCGGGGGGCACAGUGGUGGCCAGGCAGGGAGACCAGGACGUGAGCAUCCUAUUCGUGGUCUCGGGGCUGCUGCACGUGCACCAGCGGAAGGUGGACAGUGAGGAGGAGACUUGCCUGUUUGUCACGCGUCCUGGGGAGAUGGUGGGCCAGCUGGCUGUGCUCACCGGUGAGCCCCUCAUCUUCACCAUCAAGGCCAAUAGGGACUGCAGCUUCCUGUCCAUCUCCAAGGCGCACUUCUAUGAGAUCAUGCGGAAGCAGCCGUCCGUCGUGCUGGGUGUGGCGCACACUGUGGUGAAGCGGACGUCCUCCUUCGUGCGGCAGAUUGACUUCGCUCUGGACUGGAUGGAGGUGGAGGCCGGGAGAGCAAUAUACAGGCAGGGGGACAAGUCAGACUGUACCUACAUCGUCCUCAGUGGACGGCUGCGCUCAGUGAUCCGGAAGGAUGAUGGCAAAAAGCGCCUGGUGGGGGAGUAUGGCCGUGGAGACCUCGUCGGUGUGGUGGAGAUGCUCACCCACCAGGCCAGGGCCACCACAGUGCAUGCUGUUCGGGACUCAGAGCUGGCCAAGCUUCCAGCAGGAGCCCUGACGUCCAUCAAGCGCAGGCAUCCACAGGUUGUGACUCGGCUGAUCCACCUCCUGGGGGAGAGGAUCCUGGGCAGCCUCCAGCAGGGAUCUGCAGCAGGUCACCAGUUUGGGCUACAUACCGCAGCCAGCAAGUGGGACUCAGGGAACCCCGCCAGCAACCUCUCCACGGUAGCUGCCAUGCCUGUGUCGGAGGACGUGCCCCUCACUGCCUUCGCGCUGGAGCUCACGCACGCCCUCAGUGCCAUUGGCCCCACCCUGCUGCUGACAAGUGACAACAUAAAACAGCGCCUGGGUUCUGCUGCCCUGGACAGCGUCCAUGAGUACCGGCUGUCCAGCUGGCUGGGGCAGCAGGAGGACAUGCACCGCAUCGUGCUGUACCAGGCAGACAGCACCCUCACACCCUGGACCCAGCGCUGCAUCCGGCAAGCCGACUGCAUCCUCAUCGUGGGCCUGGGUGAGCAGGAGCCCACGGUGGGCGAGCUGGAGCGGAUGCUGGAGAACUCAGCUGUGCGAGCCCAGAAGCAGCUGGUCCUGCUGCACCGGCAGGAGGGGCCGGCCCCCGCCCGCACCGCGGAGUGGCUAAACAUGCGCAGCUGGUGCUCCGGCCACCUGCACCUCUGCUGCCCCCGCCGCGUCUUCUCCAGGAGGAGCAUGCCCAGGCUGGUGGACAUGUACGACCAGGUCUUCCAGAGGCCCCCCGACCAGCACUCGGACUUCUCCCGCCUGGCCCGGGUGCUGACCGGCAAUGCCGUCGCCUUGGUGCUUGGUGGGGGAGGGGCCAGAGGCUGUGCCCAGGUUGGCGUUAUCCGGGCCCUGACGGAGUGUGGCAUCCCCGUGGACAUGGUUGGAGGGACAUCAAUCGGGGCCUUCAUGGGCGCCCUGUACGCUGAGGAGCGGAACUACAGUCAGAUACGGAUCCGGGCCAAGCAGUGGGCUGAGGACAUGACAUCAGUGGUGAAGACCGUGCUGGACCUGACCUACCCCAUCACCUCCAUGUUCUCAGGGGCUGGCUUCAACAGCAGCAUGAGCAGCGUCUUCGGGGACCGGCAAAUUGAGGACCUCUGGAUCCCCUACUUCACCAUCACCACGGACAUCACCGCCUCUGCCAUGAGGGUCCACACCGACGGCUCCCUGUGGAGGUAUGUCCGUGCCAGCAUGUCCCUGUCAGGGUACAUGCCCCCACUCUGCGACCCCAAAGAUGGGCACCUGCUGAUGGAUGGGGGCUACAUCAACAACCUGCCAGCGGAUGUGGCCAGGUCGAUGGGAGCAAAGGUGGUGAUUGCCGUCGACGUGGGCAGUCGAGACGAGACGGACCUCACCAACUAUGGCGAUGCGCUGUCUGGGUGGUGGCUGCUCUGGAAGCGCUGGAACCCCCUGGCCACGAAAGUGAAGGUGUUGAACAUGGCAGAGAUCCAAGCGCGCCUGGCCUACGUGUGCUGCGUCCGGCAGCUGGAGAUGGUGAAGAGCAGUGAGUACUGUGAGUACCUGCGCCCCCCCAUCGACAGCUACCGCACGCUGGACUUCGGCAAGUUCAGUGAGAUCUGCGAAGCGGGGUACCAGCAUGGGUGGACGGUGUUUGAUGUCUGGCGUCGGAGUGGCAUCCUGGAGAAGAUGCUGCAGGACCAUCAGGGGUCAAGCAAGAUGAAGGCCUGCGACGUCCACACCUGCCCCAGUGCUUCCUUCACAGACCUUGCCGAGAUUGUGUCACGCAUUGAGCCUGCGAAGGUGGCCUCAGUGGAUGACGAGUCUGACUACCAGACUGAGUACGAGGAGGAGGUUCCCGACAGCCCCAAGGACACGUAUGCUGAUUUCCAGAGCGCCCCUGCGGACGUGGCCUCCGACUCCGAGGAUGAGCCCUCACUUCCGCAUCAGCAUCCUGGUCUGGCUUCCCCAAAAUGGUCCCAGGACUCCUCGUCCCCCCAGCACUCGGAUCAAGAUGGAUAGAGGCCUCCACACACCCUGAAACCCCUCCCCACCUGCCAGAAGACCAGGCUGGGCCCAGGGCCCUGCCCCGUGUGCCAAGUGUUAUCCCCGCUGGGGCCCAGGCUGGUGCUGGGGUGUCUUGGGCUUCCCUGUGCUGGCAGCUCCUAGCCAGACCCUUGGUCCUGCUCCCUUCUGCACACACAGCAGCCCUGGGGGACGGUGCGAGCCCCCGAUUCCCCUGAGAGCUGUCAGAGUCCCCCGUGCUUCUGCUUAGCAUGUCAAUAAAAGAAAUGUGUGUGGGCCGUG